CAGGGAAAAUAGCGGAAGUGAAUGAUGUAAUGCAGGGCAGCUAUCAACAUGUCUGGAACCUUGUCUGUGGUAGCUUUUGAGGGGGAACUCAAUGGCAUAGUGAAAGAGUUUUCAGUUCAACAGUAUUUUGACAUACAUGGAAGAGGCAAUUACCUUUUUCCAAGUGAAAACUUCAAUGUUACUUGGACUUCAGCAGCUUUGAAAGAACAUUGGACUCAUUUGAGAGAGAAUGUCAAGAGAAGGGCAAACCUGUGUCAGUCGGUCCAGAAGGACUGGCCAAGGGAGAUGCCAAGUUGAUGGAAAUUCAAAAUUCCAUGUUUCAUCAUUUUCAUAUUGGGGAAAGAAAACAAUUCUUUGAGCUGUGGAAUGAGUUUGUACCCCCAAAUGUCAGAGACAAUGACUCUGUAGCGCAGAAACUAGAGUUUUACCUCAACAUUUAUUUUGCAACAUCCCCUAUGAGGAAGGGAUCUCAGGACCCAUCAGAAACAGACGCUGCCAUGUUGGAGUUCAAGUCCUUCCUGGAGACAAGAGGCUCUACCCUGAGUCAGACCACAGAGUUCCUUCCUUUCUACGCCCUACCCUUUGUGCCUAACCCGAAAUCUCACCCUUCCUACAAGGAGUUGUUUACGGUCUUUUGGGUGUCGGAUCUCAAAACAAGACUGGAGAAGUUCCUAACGUUGGCCCUUAAGUCUGCUCCACAGCCCAGGCUGUUUGAACUUUAUAAAGGUGGUGGUGGAGCAGAAAGUCGUUCCCAGUUACUUCAGGCCCAACAGAAAAUGAUGGAUUCUGAACGGAAAACUGCCACCUACAUGAAACGGCAUAAUAAAGUUCAGGCAGAUUACCACAACCUGAUAGGCAUUACAGCUGACCUGGUAGAUGCCCUGGAAGCUACCAUACAAGGCAAACCUAUCACCCCCGAGGAUCUCCAGAUGAUCUGUAGCCGUCUGUUCAACAAUCACAUGCGACAGUCAGUGGAUCUAACCCGUCCAGGCACUGCGGGAGAUGUUCUGAGAGCCUCUGUCAUGCCAUCACAACAUGGUCAGGGUGAAAUGAGUGAUCCAUUCCCAGCUUUAGACUACGAGAAAAUCAAACAAGCUCUGAGCACUGCAGCAGUACGACAGAAAGGCUUCAUAUUACAAGCCUUGAGAUGGAGACUGACUCAUUCCUCUCCAGGGGAUCAGAGGGAUGGAAUCAUCACAGCUUACAUCCAUAAUGAUAUCCUGGGCUGUGCUCAGGCCGGUCAACACAGGGAGACCAUCUUAGAAUGUUUGAGAUCAGAAGACACAGUUAUUAAGCAGUACAGUGCUCGUCUCCUCAACACAGUUGCCUCCCUUUGUUCAGGCAGAGGGUAUCUGUCCCACAGCACUGACCUGCUGAGAGAUUUGAUGACAAACCUGCGACAGAAGGAGAAUGACCCUCUGACCAAUGAAAAUAUUCUUGGUGCCUUACAGAAACUCAGCCUCAGGCGUAACCUGCAAUCAGCUAUGAUAGAGGAGGGCGUGGUGGAAUGGCUAGUGAGAAUCCUUGAGGACAAUGAUGCUCUCUCAGACUACACUCUGGAGUACUCUGUGGCUCUUCUGAUGAAUCUCUGCCUCCGGACAGCAGGAAAGAAGAUGUGUGUGUCCAUAGCAAACCAAACCCUCAAGGUGCUAAGUGAUUUGUUAGGCCAUGACAACCAAGAGAUUCGUCCGUAUGUAAAUGGAGCAUUGUACAGCAUUUUGGCCAUUCCGUCCAUUAGAGAAGAGGCCAAGGCAAUGGGCAUGGAGGAAAUUUUAAAGUGUUUCAUUAAGGAUGACCAACCUGACAUGAACAGACAAAUAGAGUUCAUCAUCAAACAGCUCAAUUCAGAGGAGCAGGUGGAUGAUGCGGAAUCUGAUGACGAAGAGGAGGAUGAAGAUGAGGAGGACCAAGAUGCUAUGGAGGCUGAUUUGGACAAAGAUGAGCUGCUUGUGGCACAGCCUGGAGAGUUGAGCGGAGAAAAACUGCUGACGACAGAGUUUAUCAGCCAGUCCCAUGGACACACUAAACGAAAACGGAAUGACCAUGUAGGAGCUCGGAAUGAACCCCUACAGCGACCGGUCACCCCUGGUCAUCGUAAACUGGACACCUUGAUGAUGUCUAAUCAGCCCAGAGGUGUUCCCCAGCCCGAUUCACGCCCUGCCAGCAGAACGAAUCCAGCGUUAAGCCGACCCACUUCUCAGAAUGCUCUAGCACGACCCCCCACACGAAGCGGCAGUCGCCCAGCUUCUCAGGAUGGCGUGGCCAAAGUUAGGCCUCGUAGUAGGCCAUCUACUCAGGAUCGAGACCAGCAAGCCGCUAGUACCCAGAGUCUUUCCAGAUCAGGCAGCCAGAUCAGCAAACAACACAACCAGCCAUCCAAGAGAGCUCUGGAGAAGUUAGGCCCUGAUGUGGAUGUAAAGGAGUAUGAAUCAGCAUUUGGGUCCCGUCCUCGUAUACCCCGUACUCCAGAUGUAAGCGGGAAAAGACCAUCAAGUCGAGAGACUCCACAACCCAAGUAUUCUGAAUCAGGACCUAGACCAAGCUCUGCCGGCAGAACUUCAACUACAGGAACUCCACGAAAAGAGUCAACAAGCAGCCGCCCUUCUUCCAAACCGCAGACGCCAAGCAAAUAAGUAAUGUAAAAACAUAGCAAAUUCCAGCCAGUCAAAUUAAAUCUUGUUCAAGGACUAAGCAGAUGAAGGCAUUUUUGUAAUGCUGUAACAGGCAGCCCUUUCAGUAUAAAGACAAUGCUCACCUGCAUGUUUAUGCACUGUUAGUGAUUUUGUUGCAAGUUUUCCUACAAAAUGGCGCACCCUUUGUGAUUUAAGCAAAAGUCAGAUUUUUCUUCUCAUGGGUACAUCAUUUGCACCUUUUCAUCUGGGUGUCAAAUGUUCAUGCUACUUGUAGACAAGAUUUUUCAAAAACAUUUGAGUGCUUCCAAAUUUGGGAUACAAAUCCUCAGUGGACAUGAUUACGUUUCAACCUGGGCCAUUAGUGUUUCAAUUUGCUGUUAAUUUUACAGGAAAUUCAUCCAGGAAAUAUUUUAUCUUGAGGACAUGAUUUCUUAUGAACUAUCCAAGACAGACCUGCGUAUGUCCUAAUGUUCAAGGAACCAGAGUGGUUUAAAAUGUUCGCUGCAAAUCAGUAAAAUGGGAUGGGUACUUACAGGUACAUUCGAGGAACCAAGUUGUCAAGUGUGUAUGAAAAAUUAUUGUGUAAUUCUGUUUUUGUUGGGCAUAUUUAAUGCUGUGAUUUCUUACAUGCAUUUACUGUAUCUUCCCUUUAUCGUUAAGUAAAGGGCUUAUUUGUGUAAGGGGCACAGCGGAGUUACCUUGGGGAUAUCUUCGGCAGAGAGAACAUUAAUGCCUCCUGGGCUUAUUUAUUAAGUGCUACAACAGCCCAUGUCAGAAGAGGAAAGAACUUUAAUUGCUGUUCGUACAUUGUUCUUCAGUAAAGAAUCAGUGUACAAAUUUUCCUGGGGCACAACAUUUUAAUUGUAGCUGUGUUUGAAUUUUUGACUUAAGUCUUAAGAGGUUUGAUAAAUGUGGGCCCAGCUAUGAGACUGUCACUGGCUUAACUGUGCACAAAGCAGAUAUUUAGAGGUCCUCAGUCCUCAGUGUCUUGUUUAGAACCUUAACAUGUACCAGAUAUGGGUAUAAAUGCCCUUAACAUGGGUUGAUGCAUAUUAGACCGUAACAUUACGUAUUCAAUUCCAGCUGUUCACAAUUAGUCUCAACAUGUAUGGAGUUUAUAUACAAGUUUAUCACUGUUUUUACCUUAGAGCAUCUGCAUGUGGAUAUACAUGGACUUCGCAACACAUAAAUGCCUUGCAUGUCAAAUUCAGACAGAGAAAAUCUAAGCUUGUCCAGGAGUAGUAAAUGUGAUCUGACGUCAGUGAUAUUUUGAAUGAGGUUGAGUGUGCGCCCAGUAACCUGACUACAAGGUUUACUGUGUGUACUGUUUUCACUGGAUUGUACGUUAAACAUGACAAGUCACAAUCUAAAAACAGGAAUAAUGGGAAGGAGCUCUCAAUUUUUAAUGCAGCACAUUUCAGUUAACCCAGCUUACAUGUAAACUGAUGGCACAUUCAAACUAGUUUAAUGUGAUCUUUGGACUUAAGAGCGUUGUAUUUUCCAGAGUUUUGUCCGUAUGAAGUUGGUAACGUUCAUAGCUGUUCUGCGCCUUAUAUAAAUUGAACAGAUAGUUUUCAGGAGGAUAAUUUGUCUUUAUGCGGGAAGAAGUGGAAUCCUUAGUGUCAGAAUUCGUCAGAAAAAACUCGAGUUCAUUAUUGUAACAGUGAUACCAAAUUCCCGUCCAUUUUAGUACCUUUUUACAUGUUUUUUUUUUCAUAACUGUUGUGACGUUUGUGAAAAAAGAGCAUACUGUUAUACAUGCUGUAAAUGUAAAGAAUUAAUUUAUUAAAAC